UGACGACACUCACGCACCGGACUGACGUACUCCGACGGCGCGUCGCGCUCAGGGCGAAUAAAAAACUCUCAAUCCACCGGGACCGUCAUCACCGAACCCAGGCUCCGUGAUUUCGCCUGCACUUACAGCGCCUGGAGACGUUUUCCAGCCGCGUCUGAACACUUCAAAGUGUCUCGGAGUUCGGGAAUGUCAGGAAUAAACUUCCUGCUGAGCUUCAUCCGCCCGGAGUUUCACUGAAGGUGCGCUGAACUAGAUGUCGAUCUGAAGAUGAGCGUGACGUCGUGGUUCCUGGUGAGCAGCUCUGGCUCGCGUCAUCGUUUGCCUCGUGAGAUGAUCUUUGUGGGCCGAGAGGACUGUGAGCUCAUGCUGCAGUCUCGCAGUGUGGACAAGCAACACGCCGUGAUCAACUACGACGCGUCUGCAGAUGAGCACCUGGUCAAAGACUUGGGCAGCCUCAACGGGACCUUCGUGAAUGACCUUCGCAUCCCUGAUCAGACCUACAUCACCCUGAAGUUAUCAGACGUCAUUCGCUUCGGAUACGACUCACACAUCUACAUCCUGGAGAGAAGCCAGCACAAAGUGCCCGAGGAAGCCCUCAAGCAUGAGAGAUACACCAGUCAACUUCAGCUGAGUCAAGAGACGCCGGGAACCAAGAAACACGUUCAGACGGACGAGAGACGACCAAACUCAGACAAAAGCGAGCAGAAAAUCAUCACAGAUCCGUCCGUGUCCAGACCCACUCCUCUGUACGGUCAGCCGUCCUGGUGGGGUGAGGAUGAUGAAGAUGAAGCUCAGCGCUGUGAUCCGAGCGUCCAUGAGCAUCUCACAGAAAACCACACGGAUUGUACCAAACGUGAGCUCAGCGUUUCUCCAGAUGAACUUCAGGACAAACACGGUUUCUCUUACAACAAGGAACCAAGUUACUUUGAGAUCCCCACAAAAGAGAUCCAUUCAAAGCCCAAAACUGCUUCCCAGGAAGUCCAAGAGAUUCCCACAAAAGACACAGAGCACAAACCCCCCGCCAAGCCCUCGGUGGUUCAGGGCCAUGCCUCCUUCACCAUCGAGUUUGAUGAACAAACUCCUGGAAAGAUGAAGAUCAAGGACCACUUCACCAAGCCCUCCAUCCGCCAGAGCAGGAAACCCAUCAAGGAGUCGAUAGCCAAGCUCCCGGAAGUGAUGUCAGUGGAAAACAAAGUGGCUGAUUGGUUGUUUCAGAGUGAUGCUACUAUGAUGAGGAGUCUAGAAGAGCAGUCUGGGUCAGACGAGCUCUUGAACAAGACAUUCAAAGAUGCACACCAUCUUGAAGUCCCUGAUUUUGAAGAAUCGGAAAAAGCGCAAAUGGUUCAGUCAAUGUCCAACUCUGUAUCACAAAAGAUCGAUCAGCAUCUGGAUGGAGAAGAUUACCCAAAUAACUACACACCAGAUUCAAAGAGCCAAGGCAAACCGGAUCCCCAGCAAGAUUUUGUGAUCGAGAUCUUUGGCGAUACUCAACGGAAAAAGCGCUCGCAGUCGUUCACCAAUAACAUGUGUUCUCCCGACUUCCAGUCUUCUCUAAAAAGCAAAUUAGACAAACUGAAAAAGGGAGAACGUUCCAGCAAUAAUCCACCCACACAGCAGUUCACGAUUCCCCUCAAAGGUUCAGAUGGUCCUCAGCGGGCCGGAUCUCUCAGACGAGAAAAGACCGAAAUCCGUAUGAGCACCUCUGACUUCAGCUCCCGCUCUGCAUCUAAAACUUUCGGCAGCGUCGGCCGGAGGUCCAAAUUAUCGCAGGACUUUGCUGCGGAGUUGCUUAGGGUGUCGAAACCCAGUCCUGCUCCCACAUGGGACAAGAACUCGACUUGGGUGAAGACCCCAUCUUCUAAUGUUGGACCCUCCGUGACAAAUCAGAGUUUUCCUGCUACGUCUCAUACAGUGAAUCAGUCAAUCAGAUCUCCCUCUGCACCAAUGGAAGACAACAAUACAGAGGCCAAACCUUUGGUUCCCAAGCAGCAGGAAGAGGAGGACAGUUUAAGUGAUGCAGGUACCUACACCAUUGAAGCUGAAAGUCCAGACAAAGAGGUUGUGGAGGCACGGCGCUCGAUCGAUCAGGUGUUUGGUGUUGGUGACAACAGCCAAACCUCAGCAGCAGCAACAGUUAAGCCUAUAGUUGCUGACACUGAGGGUCACGAUAGUCUUCUACUCAGUGAGAAUAGCUUAGGCCCAAAAUUGGGUCUAUACUCAACAGAUCUUAGUGACACAGCCAAGGGUCCUGUACAGAUACAGUCGAUGACAACAUUAACGCCCAAAGGCACUAGGUGGAUUUCUCAUUGGGCCAGUUUGGCUGACACCUAUUCAGACUCUGGUCCUGCUUCAGGACUGUUUGAUAUGCCAACACAGGUUGAUCUUUCCACCGGAGCUGGUGAAAAGAACAUCCACCAGGUCAUGCUUAACCGAAGGUCUGACUACUCUGAAUCAGGCCAGAGCAGCAGAUCAAGACGAGUUCUGCCUCAGGUUCCUUCAAAGGAAAAGAUCCAGACACCUCCACCCACGAUACACAUCCAGCCGGACACUUACCUGUCUGGUGUGGAGAAGAGUUUGCAAGAUCUGAAGCAAAAGUGGGAUCCAAGGAAACUGAGCGUACAAGAUGAUCUAGAUCCGGACAGCUUGAGCGACGCCAGCAAAUCUGAUGAUGGCUCUGUGGUUGAGCAAUGCAGGACGACUCCUGAUUCGACCCAGAAGACAUGGAACCGGUCUAUGAAGACCAGUCCAGAAGAGGCAAAAGACCAGGAUUCACCUAUCAAGUUCUCCACAGCAACGUUAACACGACAGCAGGGCAACCUUAGCAAAAGCUACUGUUCACCACCCAACAUUGAUCAAUCAGUUGACUCUCUUGGUGGAGACAAUUCAGUUUCCAUUGUUAGACAGGAAAGUUAUACCACAGAAAGGGCUAGCGACAACAUCCACAUGUCCAGAUUGCCCCAGAUAUCUAGUCAACCUUCUAGCAAAGAUGCUUUUAAAGGUGUAAGCAAUCAAGAGACUCAUUCCUACCUCAAAAACAAUGAGCAUGUUCUAGCAUCUCUGGAAGCCAAGCUUCUGGAGCAACACCAGCAUCAAGACAAAAACGGUCUGGAGGAAUCCCUCUCGGGAGAAUCGGACACAUCUAGUACAAUCAGUGGGAAAAACGCUUUCGUUUCUGUGCCUAGGAAGCCAGUGGUCCUCAAAGGACUCUUAAUAGGUUUCAGAAAACAUAAGACCUCUGAUGAUCCAUCGUCUGAGAAGAGCCAAUCCGGGAUAAAGGACAGCGAUGGCAAGGCAGAUCCAGGCAAGAAUCGUUUUCUGCUCCGUCGUAACCCUAGUUCUCAAGACUUUGGGGCUGAUGUUCAAAGUCCCACCACACAACACUUGCCAGACGCCGUCUCCGACCAAGAAUCAAGUUCACUACCUUCCAAAAAGUACACUAUUCCUCUUCAAAAGGAAGGUACGAGCAAAUCGAAAGUACACACUGCUUUAGCUCGCUCCAGUAGCCUCUCCGCUCCAAAACCGACAAGGGCUUCGAUGCUUCGUCGAGCCCGUUUGGGUGAAGCCUCCGACAACGAAGGCACCGAAACCGAUCGGACGUCUCAAAACUCUGACGUCAACCCCUCGGCAAACAGUCGAGGCGCUCAGGAGAGCAAGAAGCUUUCUCGAUUGGACAUGUUGGCUCUACCCAGGAAAAGGACGAGCUCCUUUAACACACCAAGUGAUGCAGAGUCUUCCAAGAGCCGGACGGGAUUUUCAAACCGCAGCACAGAGUCAAGCAACACUGUUCGGAAAGCUUCAUUGCUGGAUCCCAAGGCUCUUCUGCGAAAGGUUUCCAAUGCCGUGAACAGACAGCCGAUCAUCCGCGGACGCUCAAGCAGUGCCAAAUACGCCAGUAGCAGUGACAGCUCCAGGAGGCAUCAGAAGGGUUCAGACUACGCCUCCACCUCGGAGGACGACUAUGAGUCUAACCAUAGCACCCCUAAACAUAAACGCUCCCAUCAUUCAGGAUCCCAGCAGAACCCCAGAAUCCAGCCGGCAGGUCCGAUGCGAGCCAUGCCCUGCUCGAAAGACUCCGAGGGGGAAGGACACGAGAGCGACGCCUUCCAGAACUGGACGUCUCAUAGCGCUGAGAUCGCCAGAUUGAGUCAAGACUUAGCCAAAGAUUUGGCUAUUCUGGCCCAAGAGAUUCAUGAUGUUGCUGGAGACACAGAAGCUCAGAGUGCUUCAACAGACAAGACGGGACCAGCCACAUCUACCCGUGAAGAGUUGCGGCACCAGAUUCCAGAAGCCGGUCUGAAUUUCCAGAAGGAAUCUCCUGCUGCGACGGCUGACGAGUCUGAGCACAUCGUUAGUAAUGGACAGCGCAUGAGAGCUAACGAGCUUACACUGAACAAUACGAUGCUGAAUCCAGUGUCCCAACUGUCUCUCUCCAUCAGGGAAAACACAGAGCAACUGACCGAGAAAAUCAAGAUUUUAUUUCAUAAUAAAAUGGAUGUUUUGGAAGAAAUUGAAGCGAACAUCAAUAAAGCUGAUGAUUCUCCACCACUGAAAACAUCAAACAAGGAAAUUGCAUCAAUUCUCCGAGAGCUGCAGAGAGUCCAGAAACAGCUGGAAGUCAUCAACACAGUCAUCGAUCCUCGAGGAAACCCUGAUCUCAGUCGCACGCUUGCUUCAGCUGGGGUCCGUGGUUCCAGAGCCGCGUCCCAUCGCCGCAUGUUUGGGAGCACAGACCCGGAGACUCCCCCGAUGUGACGACACGCUCCCAAAAACCAUCACUAGUCACUUUGAGAUGAUCUCAGUCGAAUCAAACCUCUUUCACAUGUUUGACACACAUUUGCACUUUUCUAUUCCUCACAACAAGCCUGGAUGGAGAUCUCAUCUGCUUGUGGCUUUGAGAAACCGAAGGAUCUGGCAUUAAAUGUAAAAACACUGGUGUUGAUUUUCUUUAUCUUUGUUAUAUCGAUGGUUGUUUAUGGAUAUGUACGGUUAAGUAAUUUAUAUGAUUAUUUAAAUCACUUUGUCUCUGUUGGAAGGUGUUUGUAUGUUAAAGAUUAAUAAAGAAUUAAAAUGCA